AUGCACACGCAAACGCGCAGGUUGCCAUCACAGCUCAUAUUCCCACUUCCCAAGUUAAGUCAGACAGCUAUUCGCAAAUCGACGGUCAAGCAACAUUCAGAGGUUCCUGACUCCGAUCAACUUGCGGUGGUCGAUCUGAGUACUGUACAAAGGGGAGCGAUGAGCGACAUCGCUAGUCUAGUGGCGUACAGUGCGAACCCUACAGAGGGUGCAUAUGCUCGUCGCCGCCAGUUACCAGGCGGUGCCUCGGAAUGGGUACCUUCUGCAAGUACGUGUGAAAAGACUCGGGAGGAGGAUACCGAACACAUACUCACUUGGCACGUUGUCUUUGGCCUCUUAGCCAUCCUCAUCCUAUACGCCCUUGCAAUGCUUUCAUAUCCGGUGUUGAAGCCCGCAAUCGGAUUCGUCAGUCUCAAAGAGUGGACACCUCAUCGUGAGAACGGAGGCUUGCGUCAACAUACUGGGAGUGGUCUAGACAUUGAGAACAGCUUCGCAUCAUGUAGUCUAAAGGAUGAGUCGGCUUUAAUGUUGACCAGGCAAGCAUCGUACAACAAGUCGAUGUUUGCUCUGAACAGACAGUUUACUUCGGUAUUAGCUUGCCAAGUGAAAUACUAUCAUUUUGGGACUCCACAGGAGACUCUGAAGGUCAUUCGCGACACGAAAUUAUACAUCGACCAAGCGGAGCGGCGUGGGAAGUUACUACUGUCAAAACUUGAAAGACUUAGGCAGAAAUGUAAAGAGCAUCACAGUCAGGUCCUGAGCGAGGUGGAUUCAGAAGCUUGUGGAGAGAAGUACGUUCACAAGGUCCUGCGCAUUCCGAAGAGUCGGCGACAAGACGAGAGCACCAAGGCAGCGCUUGCGAGAUUAGAUUAUCAGCUUCACCUGCGGGCUUCUGAAGAAGCCGUCUUGAAUGCAACCUACGACGCCGAGCAAGAGAUAAGGGUUCUGGGGCACGACAUUGAGAUGAUGUCUCAACUGAAGGGUGACAUACAGCAUUGGGCCAGCCAGGUGCAACAGUGGGUGUACGAUCUCGGCGAAACUAGUAUGGGUUUAGGGUUUGCAGAAGCGAGUCUAUCAAUCACGAAAGGAACUAAAAGCCAGCAUCAAAAGCUGAAGAAAAUGUUCUUCAAUGCCAUGGUCGCUUGCCAGAUGUUUGAUGUUGAUACAUCUGAGGCUUUUUGGAACGAGUUAGAAUGCGUUCCUUUGUUAGGACCAGGAGAUACCUAA